CUACAAGAUUUUAUACUAUAAAUACCAUUGUUAAACUUUCAUAAUUGUUCAUCUGCACAAUACAAUUUGUCAGUGAGUUCAAUAUCCUCUCCAUAACCAAGAGGAUGUCAAAUGCAAGGAAGAAGGCCGUAAUUUUGGAGUAAAAGUCCUUUCAAUCAAAAGCAUAAUGAAGCCAUCUAAAAUGUAUUUAACUUUGGUCCAGAUCCUUACACUGACUUGUAUUUUAAACCAGCACACUGUCCAUUCUGAUUUAUGGGAGAGAUUUCCAAAUAUUGAACAGACAUGUUCUCAAGACCUGGUAGUGAAACAAUUUGUGAGAAAGUUGCUGUCAAAAUUACCAGAUGUAAAGCAGUCAACAGCUAAUCAGGAAGAAUCUCAAAAGAAAACUGACUACGAAUUAUUUUUUGAAUUGUCAAUUACUGACCACAAAAUCCUACAUGAGUUUGUGAAUGGCCAAACCAACUUUGAUGAUGUUGUAGAAGUAUUGUCACAUAUGGUCAAAGAUAUAACACCUUUUAAUAGUAAUUAUAGUGGCUCAACUUACUUCAGAGAAUAUUUUGUGGACUCAGUUGAAAUGUGUUUUCUUGUUGCUGUAUGUGUGAUAAUAGCCACCACUUUCCUGUUUAACUUGUUUACAGCAAAAAGGAUCUCGAAACUUAUAGUAGUGACGUUUUUUAUCAAUAUUAUGUGGAAUUGGUUCUAUCUGUAUGAGGAGGAAAAAGCAAAAACUUAUCAUGCUUUGCAACAAGGACCUCCUAAAGGCUGUGUAAGGGAUGACAAGUCUUUUAAAACACUGCUUGUAGAAUGGUUUUCAGUUCAAAAAGAUGAAUGUCUAACAUAUCUAGUUUAUGUUGAUAUAAGUCCGUUUUUCAGAGUACGCCCUUACGAGGCCCUAAGCAUUAGUAUGACCAAUAUUAUAUUCAAACCGUUUCAGUACAUUGGACAGCAUAUUAGCACCUUCAUCCGUGAUAUAUGUGCACCUCUACCACUUUACAUGCAGCCAAUCAUAAUAUUGCUGAUGUUCUUUUCGAUGCUGGUUUCGCUGAUGAUCCUAAGUGGUUACUCUUUUUCUACCUUCUUUUUCUCUAUCAGUAAAAAGAACAACAAUGACAACAACAAGGACGUUCUCAACAAACUUCUACAAAAAUUGGAGUACUUAGAAGACAACCAACCAACUAAAGAUCAAAUCGAAGAUGUUGCAUCAUUAUUAAAGAAAUACAUAAAGACCAGUGAAGACUUAAAAUCUUUGGAGGACAAAAGUAAUGACUCGGCCAUAAUGGCUAGUGGUGAUGCUGAUCUUAUGGCUACAUAAGGAUCCUUAUUUAAUAUCAGCAGUGGCAUAUAUAAAUAUGGCUAAAUCAAUUAAUCCUACUAAUAAUGAAAUAACAGCCAAACCUGGACAAUAUGUACUACCAUUGAAAUAUUAUGUAAAGUGUCUGAUUGAGAAAAUAUGUAAUAAGAAUGCAAAUACAAGCUCUAAGAAGGACCCUUGAAAAGGAAAAAGCUCAAACUGACAAAAGCAUUAGAGUAUCACCAAGAA